UUGCUCGACGCGGCGCCCGAGCGCGUGCGACGGGCGUUGGCGGAAGACGCGCGAAGGCUCGAGCUCACCGAAGUCGUGCUCGACUUGGGAAGACUACCAAAGGCGCGGUUUCCGGACGGCGAUGCCACAAUCGGGGACGAGCUCGUGACGUACGAAGAUUUGAAUAGAAUGAUGACAAAGGUUGGAGACGUCGGACGAGAUAAUCGCGCGGGUAUCAACGGGACUUUGCACAGAAUAAGCGCGAUUAAGAAUCGUUACGGCAAAGUCAUCGGCGCGACGUGUCGAGUCGGACGCGCGAUCUCGGGUUCUGCCGAACUUAUCAGGGACGUUUUGGACGCCGAAACGUCGGUGACGACGUUUAAUAAUUCGAUACUACUUCUCGGACGGCCUGGUGUAGGAAAAACGACGGCUAUUCGAGAGAUUUCUCGCAUUCUGUCGGAUGAGCAUUCUCGCCGUGUCGUCAUCGUUGAUACGUCAAAUGAAAUCGGGGGCGACGGCGACGUUCCCCAUCGCGGUAUAGGUGGUGCCCGUCGAAUGCAAGUCCCGAACGCGAGCGAACAGCAUCUCGUGCUCAUCGAAGCCGUGGAAAAUCACACGCCCCAGACGGUGGUGGUUGAUGAAAUCGGCACGCAGCAAGAGGCGGACGCAGCGCAAACCAUCAGCGAGCGAGGCGUGCAGAUGAUUGGUACGGCGCACGGACACACGCUGGAGAACGUUUUGAAGAACCCGGCGUUAUGUGAUUUGAUAGGUGGUGUUGUGAGCGUCACUCUUGGCGACGACGAAGCACGUAGACGAGGGGUCCAGAAGAGUGUGCUCGAAAGGGCGGGUCCACCAACGUUUACCAUCGCCGUGGAAAUGCUCGACAUCGGCACUUGGAGAGUUCACACCGACGUCGCGGCUUCUGUCGACGCUUUACUCGCGGGGCAGUCGCCGAUGACCGAACUACGCGUUCUGAACGAAGAUGGAACGGUGACGACGGAGGCAGACUCUGAGCUCGCGGCUUUAGAAAUCGCAAGCGCAUCGCGACGUCGAUCAUCGUCGACGACGCAACAGUUUGUGGAUAACACGCGUUUCGAACUCGGCGGCGAAGACGUCAUCGUGAACGACGUCGAAGACGACGAAGACGACAACACGUGCCCUCCGCACGCUCUUCGAGUGUUUCCGUUCAAAGUUAGUCGCGACGCUCUGGAGCGCGUCAUGGAGAGCAUGGACUUGGGUGAUCGAGUGUGCUUGGUUGACCUUCUUGAAGACGCGAGCGUGGUCAUUGCGCCAAAAUCGCAAGUGAAGACGUCCACGUGGCUACGACACGCGGCUAGAGCGCGAGGUAUGCCGAUUUACGCCGUGCGGGCAGAUAACUCGGCGCAGCUCGUUCGCGCUUUGCAAGCCAUGUUAGGCAUAACGGGUGCAAGUGAUGGAUUUAACGGAGGAAGUGGUGCUCAAGAAAAUAGACAGCGAGCGACUACGUCGAGCGCGGAUGAAACGGAUGCCCUGGAAGAGGUGCGCAUGGCCGUCGAGCAGCUCGUCAUUCCCCAUCGCGAGCCUGUCGAGCUAUUGCCUCGAUCGGGACGCAUCAUCGAAAUGCAACAGGCGUUGGUGGACACGUACAUGCUAAGUCAUAGCGCCGUCGGUGAGGGAACGGAGCGGCGUUUGCGCAUC